UACAUUUAUUUUUUCAUUUUACUUAUAGGUUAAAACAUUUUAUUAUUUUUUUAAGUGAAUAAUCGGUAUAGAAAUUAAUUUACCAAAAAGUGCCGAAGUAUAAAUUAAUAAAACGGAAAUAACUUAGAAAAUAAAAUAAAAAAUGUCUGAAGAAAUCGAUCGCAACGAUCCCGAGUUAAAAUAUCUUUCCGUCGAACGGAGCCAAUUUAAGAUCCGGCAACGCAGGCCGAGUGGACACAGAAGUCUUGUGUGGGUGCCUCAUGAGAACCAGGGGUUCGUUGCUGCGAGCAUUAAACGCGAACAUGGCGAUGAAGUUGAAGUGGAGCUUGCCGAAACGGGCAAACGGAUGAUGGUUCUCCGUGAUGAUAUACAAAAGAUGAAUCCUCCAAAAUUUGAUAAAGUCGAAGACAUGGCAGAGCUUACGUGUCUCAACGAAGCUUCGGUUUUGCACAACAUCAAAGACAGAUAUUACUCCGGCUUAAUUUAUACUUAUUCUGGUCUCUUCUGUGUUGUGGUAAACCCUUACAAAAAAUUACCUAUCUACACUGAGAAGAUAAUGGAACGGUACAAGGGUAUCAAACGGCACGAAGUGCCUCCUCAUGUAUUCGCAAUAACCGACACAGCUUAUAGAUCCAUGUUGCAAGAUCGUGAAGACCAAUCCAUUUUAUGUACUGGAGAAUCUGGUGCUGGAAAAACUGAGAAUACGAAAAAGGUCAUACAGUAUUUAGCGUACGUAGCUGCAUCAAAACCGAAAGGCUCUGGAGCGGGACCUCAUCCGGCUUUAAUUAUUAGUAAUAAUGCAGAAACAUUUGCGAACUUACAAGUAAAUAUGAAGAAAACUCUUAAAAUCAAGUGUAAUGUCCAUGGCGUGUCAGAUUCUGUUUGUGUUAAGAAUGAAAGUCAAAAUGAUAUUAAUAAAAUGAGCGAAAAUGCAGGAUGCCGGUGUAUGAUAAUGAAGGGCGAAUUGGAACAACAACUUUUGCAAGCGAAUCCUAUUUUGGAAGCUUUCGGAAAUGCCAAGACUGUAAAAAAUGAUAAUUCAUCUCGUUUCGGUAAAUUUAUUCGAAUAAAUUUUGAUGCUUCUGGUUACAUUUCGGGUGCGAAUAUUGAAACAUAUCUACUGGAGAAAUCUCGAGCUAUUCGUCAAGCCAAAGAUGAACGGACGUUCCAUAUAUUUUACCAAUUACUUGCUGGCGCUUCACCUGAGCAACGUGAAAAAUUCAUACUCGAUGACAUCAAAUCAUAUCCAUUCCUUUCCAACGGCAGCCUGCCAGUACCCGGAGUGGAUGAUUUUGCCGAGUUUCAGGCCACGGUUAAAUCGAUGAAUAUCAUGGGCAUGACCAGUGACGACUUCAAUUCCAUAUUCCGUAUAGUCAGUGCUGUGUUAUUAUUUGGUUGCAUGAAAUUCCGUCAGGAGCGUAACAAUGAUCAGGCAACUUUACCUGACAAUACGGUAGCUCAGAAGAUUGCCCAUUUGCUUGGUUUAAGCGUAACAGAUAUGACAAGAGCUUUUUUGACGCCCCGAAUUAAGGUAGGGCGUGAUUUUGUUACAAAAGCCCAAACAAAAGAGCAAGUGGAGUUCGCUGUAGAAGCAAUUGCCAAGGCAUGCUAUGAACGGAUGUUUAAAUGGUUAGUAAACCGCAUUAAUAGGUCGCUGGAUCGUACAAAACGUCAAGGUGCAUCGUUUAUAGGCAUCCUCGAUAUGGCUGGUUUUGAGAUAUUUGAGCUGAACUCAUUCGAACAACUCUGCAUAAAUUACACCAACGAAAAAUUGCAGCAGCUGUUCAAUCACACCAUGUUUAUUUUGGAACAGGAAGAGUAUCAGCGAGAGGGUAUUGAAUGGAAAUUUAUUGAUUUUGGUCUUGACCUUCAGCCCACUAUUGAUUUAAUCGAUAAACCUGGUGGUAUAAUGGCGUUACUGGACGAAGAAUGCUGGUUUCCCAAGGCCACAGAUAAAACGUUUGUGGACAAACUUGUCUCGGCUCACUCAAUGCACCCAAAAUUCCUGAAAACAGAUUUUCGUGGCGUUGCGGAUUUCGCCAUUGUUCACUAUGCCGGUAAGGUAGAUUACUCGGCAGCAAAAUGGCUAAUGAAAAAUAUGGAUCCAUUAAACGAAAAUAUUGUGUCGCUGCUACAAGCUUCGCAAGAUCCAUUCGUUGUUAAUAUCUGGAAGGAUGCUGAAAUUGUGGGUAUGGCUCAGCAAGCUUUGACCGACACUCAAUUUGGUGCUCGUACCCGUAAGGGCAUGUUCCGAACUGUAUCGCAUUUGUAUAAGGAGCAACUAGCUAAACUAAUGGACACUUUGCGCAAUACAAAUCCGAACUUCGUACGCUGCAUUAUUCCAAACCACGAGAAACGUGCUGGCAAAAUAGACGCGCCUUUGGUGCUUGAUCAGUUACGUUGCAAUGGCGUCUUAGAAGGUAUUCGCAUAUGCCGCCAGGGAUUUCCUAAUCGCAUUCCUUUCCAAGAAUUCCGUCAACGCUACGAACUGCUUACUCCGAAUGUUAUACCAAAAGGGUUCAUGGAUGGUAAGAAGGCAUGUGAGAAGAUGAUUCAGGCUUUGGAAUUGGAUACGAAUCUCUUCCGCGUUGGCCAAUCGAAGAUCUUCUUCCGAGCGGGUGUGUUGGCUCAUCUUGAAGAAGAACGCGAUUAUAAAAUAACGGAUUUAAUUGUAAACUUCCAAGCAUUCUGUCGUGGUUAUCUAGCUCGCCGUAAUUAUCAAAAACGACUGCAACAAUUAAAUGCUAUUCGAAUAAUUCAACGAAAUUGUGCUGCUUACUUGAAACUACGUAACUGGCAGUGGUGGCGUUUGUACACGAAAGUAAAGCCUUUGCUGGAGGUAACAAAGCAGGAGGAGAAACUUGUACAGAAGGAGGACGAACUUAAACAGGUGCGGGAAAAGCUGGAUGUCCUGGCGAAAAGUACGCAGGAAUAUGAACGGAAGUAUCAACAAGCACUCGAGGAAAAGACAACAUUGGCUGAGCAAUUGCAAGCUGAAAUUGAGCUAUGUGCCGAAGCUGAGGAGUCGCGUUCCCGUUUAAUGGCUCGUAAGCUGGAGUUGGAGGAUAUGAUGCAAGAGUUGGAAACGCGCAUUGAAGAGGAAGAGGAGCGAUCGCUUGCGCUUGGAACAGAGAAGAAGAAAUUAGAGUUGAAUAUUCAAGAUCUUGAAGAACAGCUGGAAGAGGAGGAAGCUGCAAGGCAGAAAUUGCAGCUAGAAAAAGUGCAAUUAGAUGGCAAAAUUAAGAAAUAUGAGGAGGAUCUGGCUGUCACUGAUGAUCAAAACCAAAAGCUGAUAAAAGAGAAGAAAAUACUGGAAGAGCGCGCCAACGACCUGUCCCAAACGUUGGCCGAGGAGGAAGAGAAAGCAAAGCACUUAAGUAAACUAAAGGCAAAACAUGAAGCUACAAUAGCUGAAUUGGAAGAGCGGAUGCAUAAAGACCAACAACAACGACAAGAAUCGGAUCGUUCCAAGCGGAAGAUUGAAACAGAAGUGGCAGAUUUGAAGGAGCAGUUGAAUGAGCGCCGCAUUCAAGUGGAAGAUAUGCAAACGCAAUUAGCGAAACGUGAGGAGGAACUAACACAAACUCUAAUGCGUAUCGAUGAGGAAUCCGCAGCAAAAGCCACUGCUCAAAAAGCGCAGCGUGAAUUAGAGUCUCAGCUGGCCGAAAUCCAGGAAGACUUGGAGGCGGAGAAAGCUGCACGAGCGAAAGCAGAAAAGAUACGCCGAGACUUGGGUGAAGAACUGGAGGCACUGAAAAACGAACUUCUGGAUUCUCUGGAUACAACAGCCGCCCAACAAGAGCUGCGCUCAAAACGCGAACAAGAAUUGGCAACUCUAAAGAAGUCUUUGGAGGAUGAGGCGGUGAAUCAUGAAUCGCUGUUAGCUGAAAUGCGACACAAACAUUCUCAGGAAUUAAAUGUUAUCAAUGAUCAACUGGAGAAUUUGCGGAAAGCAAAAGCAGUGCUGGAGAAAGCGAAGGGUGCUUUGGAGGCGGAGAACGCAGACUUAGCCACAGAAUUGCGCAGCGUCAACAGCUCAAGACAGGAGAAUGAUCGCCGACGAAAACAGGCAGAAUCACAAAUUGCUGAGCUUCAGGUUAAACUGGCUGAAAUAGAACGUGCACGUUCAGAGCUUCAAGAGAAAUGCACAAAACUGCAGCAGGAAACAGAAAAUAUAACCAAUCAGUUGGAAGAGGCUGAAUUGAAAGCAUCUGCUGCUGUGAAAUCUGCCAGUAAUAUGGAAUCCCAGUUGACAGAAGCGCAGCAAUUACUCGAGGAAGAGACACGCCAGAAGUUAUCACUGAGCUCAAAACUAAGACAGCUUGAAUCGGAAAAGGAGGCCUUGCAGGAGCAACUUGAAGAAGAUGAAGAGGCGAAACGGAACUAUGAGCGUAAAUUGGCCGAAGUAACAGCACAAAUGCAAGAUAUUAAAAAGAAAGCAGAAGAAGAUGCAGAUCUUGCUAAAGAAUUGGAGGAGGGCAAGAAGCGCUUGAAUAAAGAGAUAGAAGCUUUGGAAAGGCAAGUAAAGGAGUUAACAGCGCAAAAUGAUCGUUUAGAUAAGAGUAAGAAGAAGAUACAAUCGGAACUUGAGGACACGACUAUUGAGUUGGAAGCACAACGUACAAAGGUGCUUGAUUUAGAAAAGAAGCAAAAGAAUUUCGAUAAAAUUCUUGCUGAAGAGAAAGCCAUAUCUGAGCAGAUAGCUCAAGAGCGCGACACUGCGGAGCGGGAAGCCCGUGAAAAGGAGACCAAGGUGCUUUCACUAACACGCGAAUUAGAUGAAGCUUACGAUAAAAUUGAAGACCUUGAGAACAAAAGAAAAGUGUUGCAAAACGAACUUGAUGAUUUGGCCAACACACAAGGCACUGCCGAUAAGAAUGUUCACGAGUUGGAAAAGGCAAAGCGUGCACUGGAGUCGCAGCUGGCUGAACUGAAGGCUCAAAACGAGGAACUCGAAGAUGAUUUGCAGUUGACGGAAGAUGCCAAGCUGCGCCUGGAAGUGAACAUGCAGGCGCUGCGGUCGCAAUUCGAACGUGAUUUACAAGCGAAAGAAGAGCAGGCGGAAGAAAAACGCCGUGGUCUUGUUAAGCAGUUAAGGGACCUGGAGGCUGAGUUAGAUGAGGAACGCAAGCAACGCACUGCAGCUGUGGCAGCGAAGAAGAAGCUCGAAGGGGAUCUAAAAGAAAUUGAAACAACCAUGGAAAUGCAUAACAAAGUGAAAGAAGACGCUUUGAAGCAUGCGAAAAAACUGCAAGCUCAGGUUAAAGACGCUUUGCGUGAUGCUGAAGAAGCUAAAGCUGCGAAAGAAGAAUUACAGGCUGCAAGCAAAGAAGCUGAACGCAAGGUGAAAGCCUUAGAAGCUGAAGUGAUGCAGUUAACCGAAGAUUUAGCCAGUUCCGAAAGAGCUCGCCGUUCUGCAGAAACAGAGCGUGAUGAACUUGCAGAAGAAAUUUCCAAUAAUGCCAGUAAGGGUUCUCUUAUGAUCGAUGAGAAGCGACGAUUAGAAGCGAGAAUCGCCACAUUAGAAGAAGAGCUGGAAGAGGAGCAAUCGAAUUCAGAAGUGCUAUUAGACCGUAGUCGCAAGGCGCAAUUAUCCAUAGAGCAACUCUCGACCGAAUUAGCCAAUGAAAAAUCGAAUUCGCAAAAGAACGAAAAUACACGUGCACUACUUGAGCGACAAAAUAAAGAGCUCAAAGCCAAACUAACUGAGAUUGAGACGGCCCAGCGCACUAAAGUGAAGGCUACAAUUGCAACUCUAGAAGCCAAGAUAUCUAAUCUAGAAGAACAGUUAGAAAAUGAAGGCAAAGAACGGUUGUUGCAGCAGAAAGCUAACCGCAAAAUGGAUAAAAAGGUAAAGGAACUUACGAUGAAUAUCGAAGAUGAACGUCGCCACGCUGACCAAUACAAGGAGCAAAUCGACAAGCUUAAUAGCCGUAUGAAAUUACUUAAACGAAAUCUUGACGAAACCGAAGAAGAGUUGCAGAAGGAAAAAACUCAAAAACGCAAAUACCAACGUGAGUGUGAAGACAUGAUUGAGAGCCAAGAAGCAAUGAACCGCGAGAUCAACUCCUUGAAAACUAAGUUAAGGUAA